GGAAGGAGCCAGUUCCUGGUAGUUGUCAGGCGGUUCACACAGCUCCCUGCUACACUAGUCAUGGUCCUCCCUCUGCCCUGGCUCUCAUGCUGCUGCCGCCGCCUCCUUCUGUCUUCUUGGCCCCUGGGGCCCCAGAGGUGCUGCUCCCAGAGCCCUAAGGCAAGCACAAAAGAGCAGACCAGCUCCACAUGCAGUGAGAAGAGGUCGCCCCCAAAGGGUUCCCAGCCCCGCCCCACAGCUGAGCUGGCCCAAGCUGAAGAGUUGCUGGAGCAGCAGCUGGAGCUGUACCAGGCCCUUCUGGAAGGGCAAGAAGGGGCCUGGGAAGCACAGGCCCUGGUGCUCAAGAUCCAGAAGCUGAAGGAACAGAUGAGGAGGCAUCGUGAGAGCCUAGGAGACGCUUAAGCUUUCUACCAGUUCCCAUUUUACCUUCCAACCCUGGAAACACUACACACCACCCACACUGGGCCUUUGGAUCAGAAACAUCCGAGCCCCUCCCAAGCUGCUAAGAAAAAUAGAAGACACGUCCAAAAAGGGCCGGAAUUGUAGAGUAGCAAGGAGCCAUGGUCUCCACAGGCGUCUUCUCAGUCACUUCCUCCCACCUUUAAUCCCUCCCCAUGGACCUGGGCCCCACAGUCCGGCACACAGUUCCUUAGAAAUAUACACUGAAUCAUGGCCUACCUUCACCCCAAAUCCAAUAAAGGGAUGGAGCAUUUACAGACACCACA